UGCCAUCCAGACGUGGUGGUAUAUCGACGUCUUCAAAGUAUUUUAGUAUAAGUUAAUUGAUAGACUGAUAAAAAUAUUAGUGAAUUUUUAACCCCGCGAAAAUGGGGACCUCUAGUAUAAGUUUUAGCAUUUUUAGUGUUAUAUUACUACUAACAGUUUUGUGGACCCCAGCUCACUCCAACGGUCAAUGUAAUUUGUCCUGCCAAGGGUCAUCAUCAGCGCCAACUUUUCUAAAUGGACACAAAUACACUUACGGAGUUGAAGGAUCGGUCUCGGUUUAUCUGACCGGAGCAGAAAAACAGGAGACAAGCGUGAAGAUCUUCGGUCAGGUUUCGGUUACCGCUGCUGGUAACUGUGUUCUGUCUUUGAAGGUCAAUUCGUUGGUGAUAUCUGGACCUGAUGGAAAGAAAUACUCAGCACCGAAAGGCAUCGAUAAGCCUGUACGAUUCAGUCUUCAAGAUGGCCGAGUUGGACCCGAGAUCUGCGCUGAACAGGAUGAUUCGCGCGCAUCUCUUAACAUAAAGAGAGCCAUUAUUUCCAUGCUGCAAACCGAACAAAAGCCUUCUACUCAGACUGAUGUCUUCGGCUCAUGUCCUACUGAAGUCUCAGCAUCGCAAGAAGGGUCCGCGUUAUUGGUCCACAGGAGUCGCGACCUCAGCAGGUGUGCCCACCGAGAACAGACGAAGAAUGAAUUGAUUACCGCUGUCUACAAUCCUAACGCUCAAAUCAAGAGCACACAGCUUCUGCAGUCCAUUCUAAACAUUGAAUCUAAAGUCAACAAUGGAGUACCAGAAAAGAUCUCCGCGGUCGAACAGUACUUAUACAGGCCCUUCUCUAUUGGAGAGAACGGUGCCAGGGCUGAAGUUAACACCAAGCUUACUCUUACCGGAACUGCCCAGGGAGCUGCUGAAGGCAACUGCCCCGUGAGCCGCAGCAUCAUCUUCGAGAACCCACACGAGUCUGAAGCGAGUCACAGCAGCUACGAAAACGUUUUCAAAGCCAUCAAAGAGACUUGCAAAACUCUCACCAACGAAGCCAGUUUCAAAUCUGCCGGUACCUUCGCCCAGCUCGUCAGGAUAUUCCGCACCGCCAACAAAGAGGACUUGAUGAAAGCAUUCGGACAAAUCAAAGGAAAUAGCUUGGAGAAGCGCGUUUUCCUCGACGGACUCCUUCGUGCAGGAACAGGCCACAGCAUCGAAGCCUCUAUCCAAAUACUUAAGAGCAAGGAGCUGACUCCUCUUGAGGAGAAAGUUGUGUUCCUAUCUUUGGGCAACGCCAGACACGUCACAAGCGAAGCUAUUAAGGCUGCUGCUGGUCUUUUGGACCUUCCUAAUCUCCCUAAAAACGUAUACCUGGGGGUGGGCGCGCUUGCCGGUACAUACUGCCGUGACCACCGCUGUCACGAUGAACACAGUGAGGGUAUCACCGCUGUUAGUAAGAAGUUGGCCGCCAAGCUCCAGAACUGCAAGCCUAAGACCAAAAUCGAGGAAGAUAAUGUCGUAGCAGUCUUGAAGGGUAUCCGUAACAUCCGGCACUUGGAGGACAGUCUGAUCGACAAAUUGGUGCACUGCGCCAUCGACAACAACGUCAAGGCUCGUGUCCGCGUCGCCGCUCUCGAAGCCUUCCAAGCUGAUCCCUGUGCUGCUAAGUUGAAGAAAGCUGGUCUGGACAUUAUGAAGAACCGUCAAUUGGAUUCUGAAAUCCGUAUCAAGGGUUACCUCGCAGUCAUUCAGUGUCCUUGCGGAAAAUCCGCCAACGAAAUCAAGAAUUUAAUUGAAUCUGAACCUGUUCACCAAGUGGGUCGCUUCAUCACCACUUCUCUUCGUCACAUCCGCUCCUCCGCUAACCCUGACAAGCAGCUUGCACGCCAACACUACGGACUCAUCGGAAUCCCCAACAAAUACAACAUCGAUGACAGGAAAUACUCCUUCUACCGGGAAAUGAGCUACAAUGUGGAUGUACUUGGAGCUGGUGGUAACAUGGAACAAGCUGUUAUCUUUUCACAGGACUCUUUCCUACCGAGAUCUGUUAGCUUGAAUCUUACUGCGGAAGUAUUUGGACACAAUGUUAACAUUCUUGAGGUUGGAGGUCGUCAAGGCAACUUAGACCGUGUAGUGGAACACUUCCUCGGACCUAAAAGUUUCCUUCGUACCCAGAAACCCCAAGAGAUUUACGACAACUUGUAUAAUAAGUUUGAGGAGUCAUACAAGAAGGUUGAUUCCAAUGUGAGAGGACGUCGUUCUAUCAAGAGCGAGGUUGACAACUUCGACAAGCAAGUAAAGGCCGAAUCUGCUCCUUACAACAAUGAGUUGGAUUUGGACGUGUACGUCAAGCUAUUCGGCACUGACGCUGUAUUCCUAUCCCUUGGAGAUGACAAAGGCUUCGAUUUCAACACCUUCCUCGACCAGACUUUGAAGGGCGUAAAUGAUGGCUUCAAUAAAAUGAAGAACUUCGAGCAAGAGCUUCGUGGACACAUUCUCUUCAUGGACGCCGAGCUGGCCUAUCCCACAUCUACUGGUCUCCCACUCAAGCUUGACGCCGUGGGUGCAGCAACUGCUCGUGUCGAUGUUUCUUCUAGCAUGGAUAUCCGCCAGAUCCUCAAAAGCCCUCAGUCAGCUAAAGUUGACAUUAAGCUUGUACCAAGCUCGGACGUCGAAAUAUCUCUGAUCAUGUUGGUAGAUGCUGACUGCCUUUCGACUGGUCUUAAGGUCGUGACAAACCUACAUUCUUCCACUGGUGGACAAAUUAUCGCGAAGGUUAUUGGAAACGGACAAGGCUUCGAUCUACAAUGGGGUCUUCCAAUUGACAAACAGGAAAUCUUAACUGCUUCGAACGACUUGGUAUUCUUCACUGCUGAAAAGGGUCAAAUGGAGAAGCACAUUCCAAUUAAGACAGGUUCUGAAAAGAACGAAUACUCUGGCUGUUUUGAUCAGCUAUCUGGAGUAUUAGGCUUGACUCUUUGCGGAAAAGUGUCACUUCCAUUCUCAUUCUCUGGUCAAAAGUCACAAAAUUCAAUCUCACAAUAUUUGGCACGUUAUCCUCUCGUCGGAUCAUCGAAAGUUAAUUUAGUACUGGAGAAGAAUGACCUUCGUGGAUACCACAUUAAAGGACUUGUACAAAACGACCAUGCAGGCAAAUAUGGAAUGGAACUGCUUUUCGAAGCGGAAGGAUCCAAAAAUCGUCGAACCCAACUAACUGGUGAAGUAAUUAAUACCGCAGAGGAGAAAUCUUUGAAGGUCAAUCUUGAGUCACCCAUCAAGAACUUAUUCGGUCAAUUCUCUGUCAACACUAAGCCAUCUGAAUAUUCUUUACUGAUGAAAGCAAAGAUGGACGAUGCUCAGUAUUAUGGGCGUGCUGGUGUUAGUAUCGAGGGUAAUGACAAACGGUCAGUCUGGAAACCAGUACUCGAAUACGAACUUCCAGGAGACGGAAAGAAGAGCAUCAAAGUUGAUGGACAAAUAAUCAAGGAGAUUAACGGACCAGCUUCCAAAUACACUCUUGAAGGUGUCAAGUUCAACAUACCAAACUCCAACGAACCGGUCAAUAUUGAGGGGCACUUCAAACAUGAGCCAAAGGCAGUUGAAACCGAUAUUAAAGUAAGGAAGGGUCAACAGAACGUAUUAUUCAGUGGCUCCCUAAAAGGCAGCGACUUCAAAGCUGAAUUCAUGAACACAUUGAACCCAUAUGUCAACUUCAGAGUCAAUGGACACAUUGAAAACAAUCAAAACAUAAUGCAUAAUGACAUCGAUUUGUACUACGGAGGAGAUUGCCACAACCCACAAAACCGCGUUACUUUCAACCAGUUGUUCAAGCGACACUACGCCUCACCAGAAGACUUUAAUAUCAUAACCAAGAACAAAUUUGAAAUCUUUGCAUUACCUCUGAAAAUCAAAUUGGAAUUAGAAUCUGAUCCCAAGAAAUUAGAUCUUGAUAUUGGAGGAGUUUACUUGGACAAGAAAGCUAGUUUCGAUCUCGAAGCUCGUACUCAAAUUAAGAAAGUUGGCGAUUACAAGAUCAAAUGGUCGUUGAACAUCGAUAAGCAGACUAUUGAGUCAUUAAUAAAGAGAGAUAUUGUGUCCGCUGAUAAAUCUAACUUGGAAAACUACAUUGACUUUAAGAACGUCGGUAAAUUUGAACUAUCAGGAGUAGUGCUUCAUAGGAUGAAGGAACACGACAAAAACAUCGGUGCUGUUGGUCACUUGAAAAUUAGCGGUACUGGAAAAGAUGAAGACAUUAAAUUCGACAUCGGAGCAAUUGAAAACGCAAACCUCUACUCCUCGCACGCUACCAUCUCCAAUACAAAGGGAGAAAUCUUGGAUUACUUGCUGAAGAUUAAUACUGGAAACAACCCUAACGGUCAGCUCAAGUUUAACUUGAAGGACGCUAUCGCUGCCAAUGGUCAAUUCCAAGUCACUGAUAAUGAUGGCAAAGGAAACGGAAACUUAAUGAUUAACUUCAAAAAGGUGGACCGCGUCAUCAAGGGUGAUGUGAAGUUUGUCGUCAAGGAACCAGUUUACAAUGCUGAAGCCGACUUCUACCUUAACUUUGAAAAAGACAAAAAUGACAAAGUACACUUUAGCACAACAAACAAAAAAACCGACAAACUGAUCGACAGCAAAAACAAGAUGCAAUAUUCCGGAAAGAAUAUUGAAUUUAACUUGCACAAGGAAGGUGCCGCCGUAGACACAGGACGUGGUCAGUACAGCGCGGAGCUCGUGCUGCCGGACGAGCGCUGUCUCAGCUUCAAUGUUGAUAGAGAACUGUCUGUUAAGGAUAACAUUUACAACGGCCACGCCGAAGCAGUAUUCUCUGAUGCACCGAAGCGCGGUGGACCCGCCUCGACCAUCACUUACAAGGCCAAAGUGACCAAGACCAACAUAAACGACGAGAUCAUCGAUCUCGAUGCUCAAAUCGAAAUGCGUCUCAAAGAUGGCAAGAACCUUCUCAACACCAUCUCUUUCAAAAAUACUCCUAAGGGAGACAAGUCUGACAUGGCCUUCAAGAGCGAACUCAGUGGUAAUAUGCUGCCAAAGAAAGCCAUUGUGGAGGCAACUUCAUCUUACACCGAUGUGAAACAAUUAGACGAUAAAUACAGAGUCAAAGCCAGCUACGGAGAUGACCUAGCAAUGGAACUCGUAGGUGGCUACCAAAUGCAAUGGCCUGAGAAGGGAGAAAAGAAAAUUAUGGACGAUUACACACUAUCAGUACGUCUGCCGUUCGAAAAAGCCCACGACAUCAAAUGGGUAUCAAAAUUAUUGUUCCUCCAGCCUGAGAAUAAGGCGGCUGAGAUCACAGUAAUCGAAUCUGUUCAAAUAAACGCCGAUCUUUACAAAUUUGAAUCAAACGGCAAGUACGAUGAGAAGAAUGGUAACACCAAACUGAAGAUCAUAGUUCCUCACGUCGACCCCAUCGUCAUUGACUCCAGCUACAAGGUUGACAUGUCAAAAGAGAAAGCGUCUGGUGUGUUUGACGUAAAGACUCAGUAUGGCAAAGGCAAAGUAACAACCGUCUCAGUCCAAGGAGUUUCGUCGGAGAAGGAAGUUGAAUUCAAGAUACUUGCGAACUGCCCGCAUAUUGAAAAUAUUAAGAAAUUCGAACUCGACCUUAAUGCUAAGAACCCAUCUCCCGACACGUACAACGCAGUCCUGACGAUUGCCGUGGACUCUCGCACAUACCGCGCUGACGCACUCGUGGUACAGUCUGCCUCUCAACCAUUACUGGACUUGAAGUACACCAGUCCUUCCACACCCAAACCCACCAGGCUAUUCUUCAAGGGUACAUCACUCCGCACGACCCAAGGCCGUAUGGAAAUGAAGGUGGAGAACUUCAGGAACUUCGACCUUGACUCAACAUUUGAGGCCAACUUUGAUAAGGACUUGAUUGUCAAGUACCAAGCUAACGCUGAGAGUCUCGGCUUAAAGAACUACCAGAUUGAUAUCUCGAGCAAGGACGCUGGAAGUGGAAAGCGACUUGAAUUCCAUGCCGUUAAUGAUGGCAAGAACGUACUUAGUGGCAGCACGUCGUUUAUCAGCAAACAAGAAGGACCAAAAACCAUUAUCGAAGGUUCUGGAACAUUAAAGAUCAAGGAAGAACAGAAACCCGCUAACUUCAAAUACAUCCGCACUGUGCUCACUGAAGGCAACGAACAAGGCGUAGAGACGUUCAUCAAUGUGGCGUUCGGAGAACGCAACCACGUGGCCGAGUCGCGUAUCACCAACCUUGAAUACAAGACGUCGUAUGUGUACUGUGAAGAGAAGAAGCAAUGCGCGCACGCUGAACUUAACGCGAAGUUUGUUACCAACAAACCCGGCGUAUUGCAACACCAGUUCAACAUGGGUCUAGAUCUUCGCAAACUCGGUCUCGCUACAGAAUUCGGUCUGCAAAUCGCCAAUGAAUUCUCAGACAAGAACUUCCCUCAAUACGACAUGAACUUGCACGUUAACCGAGAGAGCGAGAAGAUCCACUUCCACGUGUACAGCCAGCCAGAGCAUGGCAAAUUCCCAGCAGGUAUCGUGCUCUCAUUCCCACAAAGAGUUAUCGCCGUAGAAUCCCUCGUUCAGUACCCUACUGACAAGACUCUACCAUUCCCCAUCCGUGGUGAAAUCAACAUGUUCCCUGACAAGAACCGCCCCCAGACAAAGACUGGCUUCAGAUUCAACUUCGAUGCUUCUGGAAAUGACCAGCAAGGAGAAGCAUCCGGUUUGAUUGGUUUCAGCCACCCUAAGAUUGGCAAGGAAGCGCUCGUUAAGUUCCAAGGAUCUAUGAAGAGACCCAACAGCAACACUAUCAAGAUUGAAACUACUAGUGUCAUCUCACACUCUUGUCUUGGAAAGGACCGUGAAUCGAAAUUCUUCUUAGAAGUCAACCCUGUGCAUAUCAAAUUAAUGAUCGACACCCCAGUCGUUAAGGUCAUCGACUUGGAAGGUUCAGCGACUAUGAAGGAAAACCUCCAACAAGGAGACCUGAAAUUCAGCUUACUCCAGGGCAAACCUGUCCAAGUAUACGCUGUCGUUAAGGACUACCAGUACUACGAGUUCACUACUGGCUACAGUGAUGAAUCUGAACGUAAAUUAUCCGUCAUUGGUCACCUGAACCCGGAGAAGCGCGUUGACAUCACCGUGGAUAUUUCACUCGCGGGACAAAAGAAGAACAUCGGACACGGAGCCAUCUUCCUUGAAAAUAACGUAAUUAAGAGUGAUUACGGUGUAUCCAAGGAUAACUUCAAUUACUUCGUGAAUGCACUUAGAAAGGACAUCAGUACAUUACAAACCCGUAUCAAUGAGCUCGGUGAGAAAACAAGCGCUGACUUCAAACAAAUCCUCAAGCGCGUCGAGCCAACCUACAAGAAAGUGGAACAAGCAUACAAAGAGGACCUUGAGAAACUCAUGAAUGAAAUUUCAAACGACAAGUCUUUGAAGGAAAUUUCUGAAACUCUGCACACUCUCGUUAAAAUCGUCGCUAAGAUGAUCGAUGAUGCUGUCCAUAUAUUCAAACCCUUCGCUGAUAAGAUCGUUGAAACCAUCACUGACCUUUCCAAGAAGGUCGUUGAAAUGUACGAGAAAGAGUUGGAGCCUCAAUUCAAACAGAUGUGGUCAAGCCUUGGUGCUGUUGUGCGCGAGUACACGGACGGCCUCAUAGACGCGGCUGCUCACUUCUCCGCUAUCAUCCUCGACUUCUUCGAACGCCAUAAGCCUGAAUUGCAAGAGCUGGCUGAAAUAUUCACCUCUAUCUUCAAAGACCUGACUCGUAUCAUAGUUGCUCAGCUCAAGGAAUGGCGUGCAAAAUCUGCGCAGUUCUUCACUGACUUAACGACACAGAUCAAGGAAAUGCCAAUCAUUUCACUGAUCAAAGAGAAGUGGCAAGAGCUGGCGGUGCCCGAGCAGCUCCUAGGAUUAAUGCAGGAAGCGACGCGUGCUCUCCGCUCCGUACUCCCGACAGAAGAGGCCAAGCAGUUCUUGGAUGCACUUACUAACUACAUGAACAAGAAAAUCAGACAGGAGAAAUGCGAUGACAAGGCAGAGUUGAAGGUUGUUUACGAGAAGCUGAUCUCGGCUGUUUCGUCAAUGGUACAAUUCGUGCGCACACACCUCGGACAGUUCGGUGUGACUUACCCCGUCAUCACUGACGCUAGAUUACCAGGACUGUCGCCAAUUUCUAUCCCAUCAUUCAGAGGUUCAGCGGCAUGGAGCUUCAUUACUCAGCUGAUCCACGGCGACUUCCCAGAUCCAUUGACUCUGUUCAAGACCUACAGACCACGCAGCUUAAACCCUCUUGAUGAAAUACCCGCUAAACUGAGAGCCGUAAUCGUGAACGGUCAGCACAUCUUCACAUUCGACGGUCGCCACCUCACGUUCCCCGGCACCUGCCGCUACGUGCUCGUGCACGACCACGUCGACCGUAACUUCACGCUCAUGAUGCAACUCGCCAACGGCAGCCCCAAGUCUCUCAUCCUGGAAGACAAGAGUGGCGUCACAAUCGAGCUGAAAGAGAACGGACAGGUUGCUCUUAAUGGCGGUGCCCACGGCUACCCAGUUAUUGAAAAGGACGUGUUUGCGUUCCGUCAAGCCAACGGUCGUGUUGGACUCGGUUCGCUCUACGGACUCAUGGCCUACUGUACAUCCAAACUUGAGGUGUGCUACAUUGAAGUAUCUGGUUUCUACCUCGGCAAACUCCGUGGUCUUCUCGGAGACGGUAACAACGAACCUUUCGACGAUUUCAGAAUGCCCAACGGAAAGAUAACAACAUCAGAGAGCGACUUCGGAAAUGCAUACAGGCUAGCCAGCAGCUGCCCUCAAGUCAAGGCUCCGGAACACUCUCAUCACCAGAUGCACCAGGCGCUGCCACCUGCAUGCGAGACAGUCUUCGGAGGCAUGUCACCGCUUAGGCCAUUGGCGCUGUUCCUGGAUAUGAUGCCGUUCAGGCAAGCGUGCAUCCACGCGUGCUCGGGCGACGCGGCGGCGGCGCUGCAGCAGGCGUGCGACCUGGCGCGCGGCUACGCGGCGCUGGCGCUGUCGGGCGCGCUGCCGGCCGCGCUGCCGCCGCAGUGCGUGCGCUGCAGCGACACCGACGCGCCGCGCGAGGUCGGCGACAUCUACGAGGUCAAGCUGCCCGGCAAGCAGGCCGACAUCGUCGUCUCCGUCGAAGUCACCACUGAUAACGAGAAGAACUACAAGGAUAUAGUUGUCCCCCUGGUAUCACAGCUGAUCGACUCAUUGAAGGCCAAGCGCAUCACCGACGUCAAAGUGUUCCUCGUUGGAAUCACCUCCAAAUUCCCGUACCCCAUCCUCUACGACACUGACCUGAGGCUUAAGAGCGCUAAAGUACAAUUUGAUGACGCUAGCCGUUACAACAAAAUCAGCACAAUCGACUUACGUAAUCCCCAAGCCAAUAACUAUGAAGAACGUAUUGUGGAUAUCUUAAAUACCAUCAAGACCCAGCUCGGUCUCCACAAUGUGAUGAUCACUUAUCAGUCCAUCUUUGACCUGCCAUUGAGACCAGCUGCAGUCAAACACUACAUCAGCUCGAUUGGCAACAGAUGCGAACCUCAAUCAUUCUUCGUAAGCACACUCCGCUCAGUAGUGUACAGGGAAAUGUUCAAGAACAUCGGACUUACUCACACACUCAUCGCCAACACACCUGAUCUCAAGAUUGGCGGAGGCAAGCAAGUUAACCAAGUUGUUGGUUUCUCUAACAAUGGAGUGCUGAUGCUAGGAGACAAGAAACCGAAGGACACUGAAUCUCUGAGAGCGUCACUGGUGGUCGGACACGAUGAUGGAUGCAUUGAAUUCUCUCAAAAUAUGGACGGUUACACAAUGUCAGCCAGCAACUUCCAUGGGUUGAAUCCGGCUCAACAAAAGCAGUUCAUCCAGACUGCUGCCGCGUCUAUCACCGGAAAACUGUUACACGAGAGUCUCGUCCAGGAAUGCACGUGCACUUACGUCGACCCCUUCAGGGUGCGCUCUGUGUGCGUCACGAAGGAUAGGAAGGAAACUGCUCGCAGACGAAAGUAAGCCAUCGAAUCCACCACCCAUCUGUGAUCCUUCGUGCCACAUCAACCAAAUACUUUUAGUUUUACAUUUACGGACUCAGUAAAAUGAAUAAAUACAUUUUUAAAGAUAAUUUAAGGCUAUUAACAAACUAGGAUAGUCGAGAUAAUAAUAGUGUCCAAGUUUGCAGCCUAGUGGAAUGAGUCUGUUAUCGAUUUUAGACUUUCUGUUUUAUUAAUAGUUUAUUUAUGAAACGCCGACCAUAAGGUUUUAAUCAAUCGCUGUAUUAAAACGAUAACACUAAUAAAAAUAUAUUAUUUA